UUUACAACACGUUACACAUAUAAACAAAUACGUCGGGGAAAAAAAAAUGGACAAGAUUAGAUCUUUAGUUGUUGUUAGCACAAUCGCAAUAAUUUUGUUUUUGGUCAUUGCAGAACAAGCAAACGCGGCCGAUGCUGAUCUCUUCUGUUUUGGACCGUGUCCUGACGAUUGCAAACAAUUUUGCAUAUCGCAAGGUUAUAGUGAUGGGUUAUGUGAAGAUUUUAGAGGCAAGAAGGAUUGUUGUUGCACACCAUCAAAGAAGCAAAUCUUUGAAUCUCAAUUGAACAACUAAAUGUUUUUUUUUUUUUGACAUCGUCUUUAAUUUGUAUGAUCACUAAACAAGAUAUUCAAAUAAAAUAAAAUAAUAUUUU